AUGUUCGUCCCGUUCAGCGGCCAGAGCAGGUGUUGCUACCCCGUGGAACCUCCUGUGCAAGAAGAAUUACCCGUGAUCCCAGAGUACGUAAUUAUAAUGACUUGUUCUCCGGUCGCAGUGGGAACCCUGAAUGAGACAAAGUUUACUAGAUGUAGUUUUUCACGCUGAUUCCAAAUCUGAUCUUAAAAUCUGCCGAGAAGAUCUGUGAAAGAAGUUAUGGAUCCUCAGAAGUCGAAAAAUUCAGAGCUCAUUUCUUGAUCAUUCAUAGCUCUUGUUCUUCUGAUCACAUAAAACAGACGGUCAUCAGCUUUUUAGUUCAUAGGAACUUAAGUAUCUGAUCUUCAAAUACAUAACAUCUCCAGAGAAAUUAAAAAUUUUUUUGUUCCAAGAAAACUCGAAAACCUUUUUAUCAAAAUCGGCUCAAAUAAUGCCUCCAAAAUUCCAGCGUUUAGAAAAACUGUGCUUGAAGUUAUCAGCCGAAACAUUCCUUAAAAUAUAUAAUUAGAAAGUUUUAGGCCAGUAGAGACAGAGACCGUCGAAGAUUUCAUGAGUACGUUCUGCGAUGCAGAGUAUUCCACUUCUAGGGUCAAAGUGCGGUUGGCUUCGAAAAAGGUAAGUACUUACUAGUUGGACAUGAAAUCAGGUGAUAGCUCGAGGCGAAAUCCCAAGGCAACCUUUAAAUAAAAGACCGGAAAAAAAGAGCCGAGAGCAAUCGAAAACGAGAGACCAACUGUGGCUUGGAGAAAUGCCAGAGAAAUGAGCGUUCUCUAUUUCUCUGGCCUCUCUUGAGCCGCUUCGAAUCUCUCGCUGUUGCUUUUUCGAAUGUUGUGAAAGGUGAGAUGUCAGCGGAGACCUACAGAGGUUUCAAAAUCGGUCCUAGUAAUGUUAGUGAGUUCUGGAGAGCAGAUAAUGUGAGAAAGCUGAAGAAAUCAGUGUUAAACUAUUUUUGAGAGUGUUUCAAAGUUUUUCAACAUGAUACAGGGUGUUCUCAAACAAAAAUGACCUCGUAUAGUCCAUUUGAAUGAGGAGGCGUCAAAACGCAAGGGCCCUCCGAAGAAAAAGUCACUAUGCUCCUACUAUCGGGUUGGUGAGGCGCUGAUUAGGUUUUUUGGAAAGCCGAAGACUUGUUUCACUGGGGAAAAAAGUUUCUGGCUCGAAAACGAAGUUUCUUUGAAGAUAUGAUUUUUCGAAUCUCAAGAGAAAAAUCUUGAUUUUCACGAUUUUUGGUUUUUUGCUCCCAAAUCCGGUCUGACUUGAGCAAGUGAGUUCUUUUUUUGGGAAAAAGUUACUGCGUAGCUAUUUGAAAUUUUUGCAAAAUUUCAAGUCAUUUGAGCCACUUUCAGAGAAGUUAUGCUCGAAUAACCACUUUGAAAUACCUUUAUGGCCAGUGCUGUAUAUUUUUUCGAAAAAGGUCUAGUCAGUAAAUUUUAAUUUUUGAACUCAAUCAGAAACUUUGGGUAAUUAUAAAACUCAUUGAAAUUUCGUCUUUUUUAGGAGUUCCAGAGUGGUCCCUCUAGGGGUUAGGAGUAAAAUAACGCCUGAAGGGGCCGGAAACGUGGCCCCUACGGGGGGCAAAGUUAAGUUGGUCCCUACAGGGGUUUAGGACUUAGCAAGCUUUAGCGGCUCUUAUAGGGGUUGGUUAAGUGGUUCCUAGAGCGGACCCUAAGGUUGCCCAUAUAGAGACCACUCUGGACUUUCUAAACAGCCAUUUCAAAAUUUUUGAAUCGAGAAAAAAAAAAUAAUACGCGAAAUUGCAGAAAAGGAAGGAGCUCAGCAAAUACACAUUUUUCCAUCACUGGAGUUUGCUUCCGGCUGAGAUGAAAAUGAAAAUCAUGAAAGAAAUGGAUUUCGUCAGCAGGUUCGGUUACAGUGACGUUGAAGAUUUUAUUGUAACAAAAAAAACUGGAGAAUGUAUCCAUUUUCAGGCGAAACAUGUUGACCCAAUCUCGUAGCGAAUACUCGUUGGCCAGAUCAUUCAAGGAUGAUUUCUGCAUUGUUCAACUGGAGGAGAUGACAAUCACCGGUGGAGAUGUCAGUUCUUUUCUUUUUCACGGAGCCCGACAAGAAAGAGUAGGAGCUAGAGGUCAAGAGGUUAGAAGAGAGGGCAGACUUGCGACGAAAAUUUUUUUCUCUUGCGUCUCUUCCGGCCACCACUCUCGCUCCUGGAGAGACCCCAGAGAAAGAGAAAAUCUUCACUUCUCUGGCGUCUCUUCAGGCUCUUCUGAGCUCUUCUGGUCCGAAUCUUUCAGUUCCUCUACGGUAUAACUGAUUCGCGGUCGGCCAUCGAAAAAAGGGCCUUGACGCGAUAAUGUACGAGAUAGUGCCUGGCUCAUGGAGAGCACAGAGAGGCCACGCCCUAUUAGAUUUCCAAGCUAGUCCUGAACCAGCUAUAAGAAUCAAAAAUCAACGAAAUUUUAAAAAAUAGCUAAAAUGUAGGAUCUAUCUUCAGAUCUGAUCUUUGACUUCCGCUCUUAAAUCCUAUUUUUUCACAAAGGAAAUAUUUUCAGAGACGCUUCAAAGUCCAUCUCAACUACUACUUGCCUCACGCCAAGUACGAUAAAAUGUGACAAAAAACAUGGGGUGAUGAAAUAAAUUAUUAAUUUCAGAAAGAGCUUAGACCCGCGAAAAAGGCAGGACUUCACACUUGUUAUGCGAGAAAUUGGCGAGAACCUGACCGAGGUUCAAAGGUGACUUUUUUCGCGUUCAAAGUUUUUGGGUGCUACUACAAGAGCGAGUUUUCGAACUUGCGGAGAGUACUGUAUGCGAAUAUGCGCAUUGCGUGUAUGCACAUUGUGUGAUUACAGUUUCGUUGCGUGACGUCACCACGCCGUACAUCUCCCGGUUUUUUGUUUCCAAUUUUUUUUGAAAUUUUUUCGAUACCGUUUUUUAUCGCGCAAAUAUGAUCGAGAAAAAUACAAAUCUUGAGAAAAGCGGAAAAAAAAAAUUCGGAAACAAAAAACCCGCAGAUGUAAAGUCUCUAACAAAAAUGAGGGUUUACCCCGCAGUGAACCCCGAAAAAAGUGAACUUUUGGUUGAUGUUUGCGCUGCACCCCGCGUUGGAACUGAAUGGGGUGAACCCCUGGGGCAACCGGUCGGAAAUAAAAAGUUUUUUUUGAGCUACCGUAACGACCUAGGAUGAAACGGUACAAAAUUGUGAUAUCGGAAAACAAAUUACUUCGAAAUCCUGUAUGGAAAAAUUACUUUAAUAGGCAUUUGAAGCUAAACGGGGUGCACCCCUGGUUACACUGCGGGGUGCAACGAGAGUCCGACGCGGGGUGCACCACAACUUUUGUUAGAGGUGUGAACACACAAAGUGCAUGCACGCAAUGCGCAUACAGUACUCUCCGCAAAUUUAAAACUCGUUCUUGUCGUAGCGCCAUUUUUCCUUUAGACUAAAAUGUCCCAUCUGGUUAAAAUGAUACUAACUAAAAACUUAACAGGAUUUAUCGCACAAACGGAAUCGCGAGAACGAGCAAAGGAAUGUUCAAAGAGAACUGCGAAACGAUGGCCUGCCGAAUUUUCGCCGACUUCUACAACAGGGGCACGGCGACUUGCGUCAAAAUUUGCAUGGUUAAUGAUCUUUCAAAACCUCUUAGAGACAAAACUAACAUAGGAGAACAUUUUUGCGUAUGGAUCAGAAUUUUUCAUAAAUUCGGUCGAGGAAUUUUUGAUCGAUCCCACACAGUCGCUAUAUGUGUAAACUUAUAGUUCUAGAAAUAUGAUCUUCUGAAUUUUUCAUCCUUUAACACGAGACCAAGCUAGAAAGUACAUGCGGAAAAUGCAAAGUUCAGAAACGGUACCCAUUCGAGCGGUUUCCGCUGAAAGCGUCGGAAACGGCUCAAAUGGCGGAGGUUCGCAUCGACGACGAAGCCUCGACGUUGGAGAUGCUGUCAAAACUUCCUAAGAAGAUGCAAUACGUUCACCUGUCCUACUGUCGGAUCAAUGAACGGCGCAGCUCUGCGGUGCUCCAAACGCCACAGGUAAGGAUCUAUACAGUUCUCCUUAGAAGGAGGGGGGCUUGAACAUGGCUAGAACACUGUUUGAUGUACCAGAGCCAGGAUAACUUCCCAGUUUUCGAGAAAGGACACCUCAAAGUCAAAUAAAAUCAUUAGGGCUAUUUCAAGGCUAUCGGGAUUUUCCUCUGGUAAAUCAAGAGAAAUUCCAGCAAACUUGCAAACAUUUUCAAACCGUAUAGUCGAAGAAUCUUCCUUAUUUGUAAAAAAAGAAAGUGGAAGGCUCAAAAGCGAAGUAAAAUUUUACAAGUUCAUUGACCCUGAGGCGAUGAAAGAGCGCUUUUGUGAAAAUAAUUUUUCCGCCUUCCGUCUUAUAGUCGAAUAAUGACACCCUAAAGACCUCGAAAAUCCUUCUCUUUAUAGUCGUAAAAACUUUGACUUAACCUAAUUUCGCUGAAGGCAAGAGACUGGGAAAAUUUCGGGGCUUUGUCCGUUUCAGAAAACUCAGAAAAUUUUAUGGUUGCACUUCUCUAAAAAUACAAAAAUAGAGCGAAUUCGCGCUCCACGGAAAAAAUACGCGGAGAGAAAAGUUUCACUCGGACCUAGGUAACGCGAAUCGAACGUGUCGGGGCAUUUACAGUGACCAUUUCAGUAGCGUAAGCACUCUUAAGUGAUACCUAGAAAUGCUCAGGAACGUCCGGAACGCUUCCGGUUUUCGUUACGGAGGUCGAUAGUUUGGAAAAAAAAAUCGAUGACAUAGACUCCUUAAGAAAGUAUCCUAACAACCUCCGAAACCAUCGGAGAGUAUGCCCCAAUUUGAAAAUCCCGAAAUCACAAUUUUGAUCAAAAAGUUCUUUCCAGAUUCUCACGGCGGAACGACUCAACAUCUGGGUGAACUGUGAGAUGACAACUGCUGAACUGUUAGCCUUGCAAGCGGUAAAAAUCUACGUCUGUGUCGAUAAACUCGAGCAAAACUCCAUCAAACCGUUCAUUAAGGUUAGUUUUUUUUUAAAUUAUCUUUUCACAAGAUUUCCUUAUAAAAUAUCAAUUCUAGCUUUUUACAGGAAUGGCUAGAUGGGAAGCGGCCGAAGUUCGAAAGCCUCUUUGUCUGGGAGCGGGAAUUGGAAAAUGUGCAAGAGAUUCUGAGCGGAUUCACUCACGUCUCACUCAAUAGACAUCAGAGUACUAAUUUCGAAGGAGAAGCAAUGUUCGUUUUCGAUUAUUCAAUACUUUUACUCAUACAUGGGCAGACCAUGUUUUAAGUCCGCCGACCCCGAGUCUUCAAAAACUAAAGCCAAUACUACCUCCUGAAGUUAAAAAAAUCAGUUUUAUUUUUGUCAUCACUACCUCAUUGCGGUUAAUUAUUUUUAUACCUCAUUUUUAAACUUUUUUGUAAGUCAACCUAUCCUUUCGUACAGUUUUUUACUUUCCCAAGUAUGCUUGUACUUUCUAGAAUUUAACCUUGAAGAGUCUUCCAAUUUAAAUAGCUUAUUCAGAAAAAAUUCCCGGUUUAUCUGAAAGCUUAACAUGUUCUCAGUCCCUUAAAAAUCCAACGCUACGAUUUUUAUCUUCCAGAACAACCUCCCAGUGUAUUUAAAAGCGCUGAAGGUGACUCAACCUUUGAAAAAAUUUCUAGGAAAAACUCCUUCCAAUUUUAAUAGCUCAUUCACAAAAACUUCCCAGUUCCUCAAAAAUCCAUGAACUCUACGAUUUUUAUCUUUCACAAUGACCACCUAGUGUAUUUAAAGGCACAAAGUGUUACUUAACUUUAAAAAAAACUCCUAGGACCACCAUCUUCUUUGCUAAUUAGCCCUCUGAUUUCUUUCUUCAUCCACAAAUACUCUCUUCAAAGGUCUAGUAGAUACUUUAUUGGACAACAGUUUGUUCAGAUUUUAAAUAUCAAGCAGCAAACUCCGCCCCCAACAACCUUCUGUGAAAAGGGGCGGAGUUUAAGCGAUGACUUGACAUUCAAAAUCUGAACAGACUAUCAAAAUGUCUUCAAAAACUUUCAAACCCCGCAAAAAAGACCAAAUUUCAGGAAAUUCAUCGAAACGCUGGACAGAGUGCGUACAAGGAUUUUCGAAACGUCCGACAUUUGGCUCGUCUCGGGAGAAGGCGGAAAAAUCGGGGCGAUUGCCAAGGACCUCAAAAUCGCGUUCAUCGCUACUACAAAUCUCCUCGAUCCUCCGCAUAUCAGCAUUUUGAUGCCUUGA